GCUAAAGACAUCUCAGGCUGAUAAUGAAGAAAUAAACAAGAUGGUUACAAAAUAGUGAUGCCUGUUAUGGGAAUAAUCAAAUCACUUCAGAAGCAAGAAUCCACAUUCCAACAACAUUUCCCUGCAUCCAGGCCUGAUAAUCAGCCAGCAAGCAAAGCCUAAGCAAAUCCUGCAGAUAGGAAAAUGGCAAUGUGAAAAACAAGCUGGGGAAAUUUGCAUCCAGAGGGAGGCACUAUCUUGCAUGAAACGCUAGCCGGCCAGGAGCCUGGUCCCUACCUGGAAAUUGCUGCAGAGAUUUUGAGUCUGUACCCAGAAGCUUCUGGAGUAGAAGGAUGAUCCCCAUCCAACUUUCUGUCUUCUUCAUGAUCAUCUAUGUGCUCGAGUGCUUGGUAAUAAUUGUGCAGAGCAGCUUAACUGUUGUCUUGCUGGGCAGAGAGUGGGUGCAAGUCAAGAAGCUGUCUCCUGUGGACGUGAUUCUCACCAGCCUGGGCAUCUGCCGCUUCUGUCAACUGUGGUCAUCCAUGCUGUUCAAUUUUUUCUCCCACUUCCAUCCUCACUGUGUAUUUUGGUACUUCGGGAUCGUCUGGGAGUUUACUAACACGCUCUCGUUCUGGCUAACCAGCUUGCUUGCCGUCCUCUACUGCGUCAAAGUCUCCUCCUUCAGCUGCCCCAUCUUCCUCUGGCUGAAGUGGAGAAUUGUGAGGUUGUUUCCAUGGCUAUUGCUGGGUUCUCUGCUGAUUUCGUGUGUGUCAAUGAUCCUUUCAGCUAUUAGGAAUCACAUCAAGAUUCAGUUAAACUCCAUGAGGCAUUUCUCUAGAAACAGCACCGUGACGGAGAGACUUGAGACAUUUCUGCAGCAGUAUUCCUCAUAUCAAGGGAUUAUGUUGGCUCUUCCUUUCCUCCUGUUCCUGGCCUCCACCAUCUUGCUCAUGGCCUCAUUGUCCCAGCACGUGAGGCAGAUGAAACAGCAUCACACCAGCCACUCCAUCCCUAGCCUGAAAGCUCCCGCUACUGCCCUGAGGUCGCUGGCCAUCUUCCUCAUCUUCUUCACCUCUUAUUUUCUGAUCACAGUCAUCUCCAUUAUGGGUGCCCUAGUUAAUAAAAAAUCCUGGUACUGGGUCUGGGAAGCUGUCAUCUAUGGUAUAGUCUCUAUUCAUUCUACUUCACUGAUGCUGAGCAGCCCUAAACUGAGAAGGGUUUUCAAGGUAAGAUGCUGGGGCUUAGAGGCUGCCUGAGGCACACGGUACAAGAAGACCCCUGGGCAAAUGCAAAAGGGAGUUGGCAUUGACAUAACUAAUAUCAGUAACCUAAGUGGACUGACCCUCGACAAUCCCCUGAGUGAUAGUGACACACCAAAAAUGCAAGCCUCAUUCUGUUCGCCCACAGCCAUCUAUCUCUAAAGAAGCAAUCCCUGCUCUAUCAAUGCCACUCCUUUCUCUACCUUUCCACAAGCGCCAGGUUGGUCCCAACUAUCUCAUGAUUUCCCCAUCCCUUUUUCAUCUCCCCACCUCUGGAAUCUCACUUCCAGUGUAUUCAGCACAAGAGGUCCA